GUCUAAUACAGUGGUUCUCAACCUGUGGGUCGCGACACUUAAAAAUGGAGGGGGUCAGCUAAGACCAUUGGAAAGCACAGAUACUUACAUUACGAUUCAUAACAGUGUCAAAAUUACAACUUGAAAUAGCAAUGAAAUAAUCUUAUGGUUGGGGAGUCACCACAUGAGGAACUGUAUUAAAGGGUCUCAGCAUUAAGAAGGUUGAGAACCACUGGAAAUAACUACAAAUCCCUAUGGGACGACGUGCAUCCCAUAUAAAGACAAAUCGUGUCUGUAACUAACUACAGGUACAGGUUUUGCAUUGUCAUGCACUCUCUGACCCAGCUGGCCUGCAAGACAGAGAGGGCGUGUCUGUUUUUUGCCAUGAGGGAUUGGGGCCCAGGAAGGAAAGGAUGUCAUUUGUGGAUACCACUCUUCCUAACCACUAAACUGCCUUGCCCCUCCUUGUAGGCAGGAUAGGCAGUCUCUAAGAUCAACAGAGGCCUUGGCAACACUGACAACACUCCCAGUAACAGCAAGGAAGCAGGCCACCAUCAGACGGAUUAGAGGCCAGGGCUUCUUGGAGGAUAGUAUUGCCUCUAUGGAGUAUAGGGCAGCCCCAGACCCCAGGCCAUGGGCCUCACUUCAAGUUGCAGAGAAUGUUGUCCCAGGAGCUGAGGACUGGCUGCCAAGAGUUUCUGGGAACCCAGCCCGGGCCACUAGCCUGGAGACAGAGCCCCAAACACAUCUGGAGCUGAGUGAAGAACAGCGGUUGCAGAUUUCUAAGGAGCUAGUUGACCUGCAGAUCGCAACCCAUCACCUGCGUGAACAGCAUGAGGCUGAAGUCUUUGAGCUGAGGAGAGAAGUUCUUCGACUGGAAAGUCGGGUGCUAGAGCUGGAAAUGCACGGAACUGGUGCCUGCCAGGGACAGACAGUCCAGCCAGCAGCCAAUCCAGGGCAAUACCAGGUGUCACCACAAGAGCCAUCGGGAGGCCAGCAGAGGCUGCAGGAGGAGCUGAAGUGGGUUCUGGAGCAUCACAGAGUCAGGCAGCAGGCACUGGAGACACAAGUGGGAGCCCUAAGUCGGCAGUUGCAGGGAGCCCGAGAGGAAGCCAGGACAGCUGGUCAGCAACUGGCUGCCCAAGCCAUGGACCAGCUCCGGCAGGCUGAGGCUGAAAAUGCUCAGCUGCAGCUUCAGCUGAAGAAGCUGAACGAGGAGUACGCCGUCCGGCUGCAGCGCUAUGCCAAAGAGACAGCAGAGACUUCCAGUAGCACAAAUCAGGCAUCUCUCCAAGCUUUCCUGGAGGCUGCUCUGCAGGACAUUCGGGCCGCACACAGAAGCCGAGAGCAGCAGCUGGCCCAAGCAGCCCGGGCCUACCGCAAGCGCCUGGCAGAUCUGAACCAGAGGCAGGAGUUGCUGCUAACCACCUGCAGGGCUACUUUUGCCACAGCCAUCAACCUGGAGCCAUCACCCUUGCACUGGGCCGCUGAACUCAGCCACCCAAGGGAAAAUGAGUAUGGCCCACACAGGACGACACUGCUACUGUACCCAGAGAAGGGAUCUGGUGAAGCUUCCAAGGAGGACAAGUCACAGCCACUGGCCCUAGACACUGCAUCCUGGGUCCAAAUCCAGCAGAAGCUGCAGGACUUCUCCCAGGACACCCAGGCAGAGCUAGAACGGGAACGGGCACAGCUGAUGGUCCGGGCCACCAUGGCAGAACAGCAGCUUUCUGAGUUACAGGAGUAUGUGGACCAGCACUUGGGCAGGUACAAGCAGGAAAUCCUGAAACUGAGGAAGUUGGCGAAUUCAGGAGAUUCCCAAGGAGUAGAAUCUAUGCCUUCCACUAGGCCCCGGCGUCCAAGGACUCAGAGUCACUAGGUAGUCUCCCAGAAAAAGCUCAAAUCAAAUCUCUUCACAGCCAGCAUGGAACCCUCUGGACGCCCACCCCCAGAAGUGAUUCCCAGAAUAUACAAAAGUCAGAACUGAA